AUGUCUUUCUUUUUGAAACGUGCCAUAGGUGCAAACUGUCACCUCGGACGCGUGAUAUUAAAUAACACGAAAGUGCCAACUGUGCAACGAGUCGCAACAAAGACCGAUCAAGGCACACCUCAAGUUGAAACCAGACCAACAGUAGCUAAAAUUGACCCCUUGCGAAAAGCUCAGCUUAUAGAUUUUGGCAAAUAUAUCGCAGAAUGCUUGCCUAAGUAUGUUCAAAAAGUACAACUUACUGCUGGCAAUGAAUUGGAAGUACUCAUACCUCCUGAUGCUGUUAUUCCAAUUUUACAGUUUAUGAAAGACCACCAUAAUGCUCAAUUUGCAAGCCUUGUCGACAUUGCAGGCAUGGAUGUACCAUCUCGACCUAAUAGAUUUGAGAUUAUUUAUAAUUUGUUAUCCCUUCGUUAUAAUGCUAGAAUCCGUGUCAAGACUUACACAGAUGAAUUAACACCUAUCGACUCAGCAUGUGAAGUAUUUAAAGCUGCCAACUGGUAUGAAAGAGAAAUAUGGGAUAUGUAUGGGGUCUUUUUUGCGAAUCAUCCUGACUUAAGAAGAAUUUUGACAGACUAUGGAUUUGAAGGCCAUCCAUUUAGAAAAGAUUUUCCACUUAGCGGCUAUGUUGAAGUUCGUUAUGAUGAUGAGCAAAAGCGUGUUGUAGUUGAACCACUAGAACUGGCACAGGAGUUCAGACGUUUUGAACUUAGUGCCCCAUGGGAACAGUUUCCCAACUUUAGGGGAAAUCCUGCAUCAGAAGAAGUUACGAAUGCCACUGAAACUAAAAAAGAGUAA